AUGAUGUUUGAGACGCUCAUGCAAAGCAACACGGGUACUGGUGUGGUAGUGGUGGUCCUUGCUUUCGCGGUCUACCAUCUCGUGAGGGCAAUCUACCUCAUCUACAUCAGCCCUCUCUCUGUCUUUCCCGGCUCGCCAUGGGCCGCUCUCGGCGAAUACUGGGAGGCAUGGCACAACAUCGGCUCGAGCCCAGGCAAGCGCGGCCAGACGCUCUUCCUCCUGGAGAAGAUGCAUCGGGACCCGAAAUAUGGCUCGGCGAUCCGCAUGGGGCCCAACGAAGUGCACGUCUACGACCCGCGCUUCUUUCACCAGCUCUACUCGCUCAACACGAGCUUCUACAAGGACGAGUCCAUGCACAAGGUCCUCGGCGCGCCCGCCUCCACCCUCGCCGAGACGGACCCCGUCAAGCAUAGGGCGCGGCGCCAGCCCCUCGAGUCCCUCUUUUCCCGCCAGUCCAUCCUGCGGCUCGAGCCGACUGUGCUCUCCAAGAUCGACUUUGCCUGCCAGCGCUUCGACGAGCUCUACAAGGCCGGAAAGCCCGUCCGCGCCGAGUGGGCUCUCAAGUCGCUGAGCUUCGACAUUGUCAGCGAGUUCUGCUUCGGCUCGGGCCUGGGGGCACUGCAUGACGACGACUUCACCAGCGACCCGGUGCGCGUGUUCCGCGCGUACCUGCACAGUCUGCACAUCAUCAAGGCGUUCCCGCUCGUCCGCACCGUCUCGCAGUCCCUGCCGCUGUGGCUCGCCCGUGUCUUGUCCAAGACGGUGGCACGCGCCAAGGAGCUCGAAAUCCUCGUCCGCGGGCGUGUCGACGCGUUUGUCGACGCGUACGAGAACGGGGAGAAGCCCCCGUUCCCCACGGCCAUGGAGAGGCUGCUGCAGGCCGGCGAGGACCUCAAAGCGCCUGGCGCCGCGGAUAUCCCCCUGUCGCGGGACUACCUGCGCGACGAGGUGCUCACCAUGAUCUCGGCCGGUACCGACACGACGGGCAUCUCGACGCUCGUGGCGCUGUACUACACUGUGGCCAACAAGGACAUCCAGGCACGGCUGCUGGCGGAGCUCAAGACGGUCAUGCCCGGCCCCGAUGAUGCAGCCUGCUUUCAGGUUCUGGAGAAGCUGCCGUACCUGACGGCUGUCAUCAAGGAAGGGCUGCGCGUUGCCAGUCCCGCUGCCAGUCGCACGCCGAGACUCGUGCCCAGGGGGGGCACGACGUUGCCGGACGGCCGCUUCCUCCCCGGGGGGACGCGCGUGGGCAUGGCCAUCUACCACGUGCACUACAAUGAGGAUAUCUUCCCGGAGCCCAAAAGGUUCAUGCCUGAGCGUUGGCUCGACGCCGACAACGGCGGCACGAUGCCCGAGCGUGUCCCGGAGAUGCAGCGCUUCAUGGUGGCCUUUAGCAAGGGCACUCGCGCGUGCAUCGGCAUCAACCUCGCGUACAUGGAGCUUUACCUUGCCGUGGCGCAUUUCAUCCGCCGCUUCGACAUGCAGACGGACACGACGGCCGAGGACAUGAAGUGGGAUGAUAUGGUGGUUGCGUGGUUCCAUGGCGAUUUCACGUUUAUGGCGCGGAGAAGGACGGAGUGA